ACUAAAGUCAAGAACAGCCCACUAUGGUUCAAAGUAAAGUAUGAAUGUUAGUGUUGCUGGACUGUGAGGAGAUGUCACGUUGUCCUCUUUGAAUAUGAGGUCCGAAUCAACACUGGGUCAUCAGAGAUGCUGAGGCAAAAAAUCAAGGACUUGCAAGCUCCUGAUUUAAAAACGAAAUUAAUACUUUGUUUCAUUUCCUAUCCGUUUUUGUUGGUCAAUCCCAAAGGUUUAAUUUAGGACUAUUUCUGCUGAAUAAACCUGUCAACAUAUUCCAGUUCACCUGUUUCAACCGUCUCAAUGGCGUUUUUAAUGAAAAAGAAGAGGUUCAAGUUUCAAAUCCAUUUUACAUUGGACGAGCUCACGGCCGUACCGUUUGUCAAUGGGGUACUUUUUUGCAAGAUCCGAUUGUUGGACGGUGGGGACUUUGCCGUCUCAUCAUCCAGGGAGGAGGUCCAACAGAACUGUGUUCGUUGGAAGAAGAAGUUCUCCUUCAUCUGUAAGAUGAGUGCCAGUCCCACCACUGGAGUCCUGGACCCCUGCAUCUGCAGGGUCUCUGUACGCAAGGAGCUCAAAGGAGGAAAGACGUUUUCAAAGCUGGGCUUUGCUGACCUCAACAUGGCGGAGUUUGCUGGCUCAGGCUCCACUGUGCGCUGCUGUAUCCUCGAGGGCUACGACACUAAGAACACUCGUCAGGACAACUCCAUUCUCAAGGUUACUAUUGGAAUUACACUUUUGUCGGGGGAUCCUUGCUUCAAAACGCCCCCCAGCACAGCCAAGUCCAUCUCGAUCCCGGGCCAGGACCCCUCCCUGCAGCUGGACUGUAAAGGCGAGGGCACCGAUGCCAACUCAAACCCUCCCCCAGGGGGCGUCAUCAGGACAUCAUCAGGACGGCCCCUCAAACCCAGACUCCCCUCAGCUCCCCUCAACUCUGCGCCAGGUCUACCCGAGCAGUUGGAACAGAGCCUGCCCAGCCCAGAUGAGGUCUUCCACAUAGGACACUCCCGGAACUCCAGCUAUGCCAGCCAGCAGAGCAAGAUAUCAGGGUACAGUACGGAGCACUCUCGCUCCUCCAGCCUAACAGACCUCACACACCGCCGUAACACCUCCACAAGCAGUAGCACCUCUGGGGGCCUGGCCACCCCCACCCAGACCCCCCACGCACACGCCCUCGCCAACCCCCACCCCCUUGCAGCAGACCCCCAGACAACCGGAGAGCCGGGCACCAAGUGUGAAAGGCCACCGCGGCCACCGCGGCCCAUCCUGCUCUCCAACAGACCCUCCAGGAGGAAGAAGGACACGGUUGAGAGUCAACCCACCUGGGUGGAUGAUACGCGCAUCGACGCCGACGACAUCGUGGACAAGAUUAUCCAGAGCCAGAACUUUGCCGAUGUCAGCAACCAUGAAGAAGACAGCAACCUCAGAUUGUUUGUCAGCAAAGAUGGGACUACAGCCCUAAGUGGGUUACAACUGGGGAACAAGGUGACUGCUGGCGUCUUUGAGCCAGUGGUGAUCGAGAGCCACUAGCGAUGAGUGUGUGUGUUCACACAAAUGCACAUACGCCUGUCUUUUGAGUUACACCACUUCAACAAACACCACUAAACAACAUAUGUAACCCUUUAAUGAGAUAUUUACGGUGAUGGUGGUGGGAGGUGUAAUUUAUGAAUAAUCCAUUCAUGUUGAAAAGUUUUUAUAUUCAUGCUUUCAUCUGGGGGACCAUAGGUGUAAAAUGUGUAAACUACUUGAUAGAGUGAGCAAUGGGUAACCAUUGCACCGUGGGAGUUGUAGUGAAACACUGAAAAUCAGGAAAAAGCUAGCCACACAGGUUGCGUUGGAGGCAAAUGUGACUGCCUCAAAAAGUUGGAAUUUACCCUGUGUGUAUCAUUUUUUAACAAUGUGUACUACACUGGGUUAUGUUUGUGUAUGAUAAUGGUUGGGGAUACAUUUAGUUAUUCAAAUAACAAAUAUAAAUUAAAAUGAGGGGAGAUUGAUAAAGUAAAGAAAGACUUGGUUACAAACUACUAAAUAGAGAAAUUGAACAGGCCGUUUGAAUGGCCGCUUGAAUGGGUGGUUUUCAAUGUGAAAUGUUCUAUAUUUGAUGACCCCUUGCAAUCCCCCGAUUUCAGAAACAGUACCAGACCUGGGGUCAAAGUUACGGUAUAGCCCAAAGAACCCAUGUUAUAGAAUUAUAUAGAUAUAUACAUUAUAGAAUAUAUUAUAAGUUACAGAAUGUUUUACAAUAUAGGCUUAUAUGUAAUAUGAUCAUAGAUCAUGUUGAAAUACGGACCUCAGAAAGAGAAAGGCGUGCACAUAUGGCUGGCCAUAUGCAACUGUACAUACUGCAUGGUCAAUGAUUCAUCGAUUACUCUAGUCUAGGUAAAUGCAGGCAGGAUUGGUAAUCGAUUACUGUAGUCUAGGUAAAUGCAGGCAGGAUUGGUAAUCAAUUACUGUAGUAUAGGUAAAUGCAGGCAAGAUAGGUAAUCGAUUACUAUAGUCUAGAUAAAUGCAGGCAGGAUUGGUAAUCGAAUACUGGAGUCUAAGUAAAUGCAGGCAGGAUUGGUAAUCGAUUACUGGAGUCUAGGUAAAUGCAGGCAGGAUUGGUAAUCGAUUACUGGAGUCUAGGUAAAUGCAGGCAGGAUUGGUAAUCGAUUACUGUAGUCUAAGCCCUUGGUCCUCUCCUCCCCUGGGUCUUGUACAUAGCCUUCUUUACAUCCGUAAUGUGAGACACUAUCCUCAUGCUCACCAGCUGGCUUGGUGACUAUACCAUGAGUGGAAAAGUUGGAAAAUCAGAGGGGGACAUUUCUGUCUGUCUGUCUGUCUGUCUGUCUGUCUGUCUGUCUCAGUAGUUUUGUCCCUUGACUGUCGCUCAUUUGUCCUGUAUGUCAGACCCAAUUAUUUUGUGUCACCAUGCCCAUGACAUUCCUACAUGUUGUCAAGGACUGGAGUUGUCAAUUAAACUAAGUUACUAGGUUUCUAGAAGAAAAAUCAAUUCUUACAGUGAGGCUCAAAAGGAAACUCGACUGCAUAUUAUUUCAAAUAUGCUUUCUCAAUGCAAGCCUGGUCACUGAUUUUGAUUGAGUGGGGGCCCUUAAAUGGUGUGGUUACUGAAGUGGGUUACUAAAGUUGGCUGGCUAAUUUAGUAAUCCUUCUUUGUGAAAUACCUUCUAUGUGGGCUUGACUAGAACUGUCCAACUGUUGCCCUUCCACUAAGCCUCAAUAUCACCAGUCGUUAUCAAGCGUAAUGAACUUACAAUUGAAUAAGGGCUCUAAUGAUACAACUGACAGUGGUAUCUGCUCAUCUUCAUUUAAUUUAACAAGCUAUUCUAUUUGCUGGGGAGAAAUGUAAUUUUAUUUCUGUUGCCCCCGGAUUUUGAUCCCGUUAGAAGAACAUUGCAUUGUGGGUAUGGUGUGUCAGAGCCAAUCAGAGCUAACAAUGGAGGAUUUUGAGUAGAAACUCCCCUCUCAUCCCCAAAUGACAAUGGCCUCUUGUAUGUGUGUUUGUGCCUGCGCAUAUCUUUUUUAGGGAGGGAGUGGAAACGAGGAAAUGUCUGUGUGUGUGUGUUUACUUCCGCCCAUUGUCUGUGUGUGUGUCUGUGCGUGUGCAAGCUGAAGAGCUUGCCACUCACCUGUCUCACGGUUCUUCACCCCUGAGUAACAUUUCAGUUGAUCUGAAAGCCCUCAGCAGGAAAACGGACCUAAUGCGCCUUAGCCUGUCUUAUCGCCCUUAGCCUGUCUUAUCGCCCUUAGUCUGUCUUAUCGCCCUUAGUCUGUCUUAUCGCCCUUAGCCUGUCUUAUCGCCCUUAGUCUGUCUUAUCGCCCUUAGCCUGUCUUAUCGCCCUUAGUCUGUUCAUUUGAAAUGUCUUUCAAAGGAAAAGUGCAAUAUGGGCUUUCAUCUACACACCUGUAGCUUCAACAUAGCUUCCUAACAAGGAUGUUUUUUUUUACAACAGACAUAAGGUGUCCUAAAUGGCACCUUAAUCCCUACAUAGUGGACUACAUUUGAACAGAGUCCUGUAUAGAGAAUACAGUGAUAUUUGGGACAGAGACAUUCACAGCAUACUGAGUGUUGACAUUCAGAGGCACAAAAGAGAAAAAUGUCUCCUGACUGGCCCUUUAAAAAGAAAAUUGGGCUGUGUGUGCUGUUGCAAUGUGCUUUUUUGUGUGUAUUUCACUCUCCACCUUGCAUCAUUAUCAUUGUAGAUGCUGUGAGCAUACUGUAUGUGAGAAAAAAAAGGAAACAAUGAAUGCAUAAACUUUAACUUCACUGACGUGCAUACACAUGCAUGGGGAAAUGUUGACAGGUUUUCUUAGCUUUAUUUUUAUGUGUCAAGCUGAUAUGGACAAUUCAACUCUAUUUCAUCAACUUUGAUUAUACAAGCCCUCUGUAACACACUGAAUCUGUAUUUUAGCGUGAGCUUCUUUUACAACGAAACCAAUUGAUUUCUUUUACUUGGCCUCUUUCAUUACGUUACACUGUCUAUCUCAUAGUAGUGUAGUCCCAAGCAUUUUAUUAACGAUAAUGGUUAUAAUGGCAAACACUUGAUUAAUAUUUUACUUGUUUUAGUUUUUACCAGCUGGCUGGUUUAUUUGUUCUAUGCAGCUGAGAUGUAUUGGUAAACCUGUACCUGUGCUCUACUUUGAAACAUUGAAAAAUCAAGUAUACAAAAAAACUGAUACACUAAAGAGUUGUAAUAAUUUCUUAUUAUCUGAUUCCCCUGCUACUGUUUUUAUUUUUACAAGAGGGCUCAUUGUAUAUUUCUUGAAUUGUUUGGGUUCUGUUUUCCUACAUUCUUGACUAUUUGUAACCUGUGAUUUUUCUAACAAACGAGUUGAACCAAUAUGUUAACAUGAGGUUCUGCUGUCAUGAAUGGAGCGCUAAGGAUUUUCUGCUGCAUAUUUGAAAUCUGAAUUAAUCAACACAUCACUAUGGAGGGUGAGGUUUCUCUGAUGCAACACAUCAGCAGAUAUUUGUCAUCACUUUUCAGCUACUAUAUCACCUACAUUUUGUGGGUUGAAGAACUUGAUAGGUAAGAGGAUAGCAGUCAAUAGACAGAUUGCUCUCUGAAAGACCGAGCACUGUAAAUCACUUUCAUUGUUCAAUCAGAGAUUAAAAAAUCACAGAUUUCUUUGAAUAUCAUCAUUUGCAAACUCACAUGGACCUUUCCUAAGGCUCAUCAGCUCAGUAGGUAGGGGAACCAGAAUUUAAUGGGGACCAGAUAUGCCAUUCCUCUGUCUGAAACCUUGGCCGGUAUGAUAUUCAUGAUAACAGCACUUAGGUCUGGACAACUAACUUGACAUAACAUUUUAUCUAUUUUAAUUAUUUAUCCUCUAUUUCUUUUAUUUUUUUCAUCUUUGUAAAGGGAUUUUAAAACUAUGCACACGAGUCCAAGACUCUCCGAGAGGUCCACCCAAACUCAUGACCUUAAGAAUUAUAAUAUUAAUAAUAAGAGAUUUAUAUGAUUUUAAAAAAUCAACAGUUAAUGAAUAUAUAUCAAUAGAGGACUAUUGAAAUGACUAUUUUUCUGAUUUUCCAGAAUUAUUUAGACAUUUAUUGUACACACACAGGUAUUGCUCCAAAGUUCUCAUCUUUUUUUUCUCCUAAAAUGCAUUUAUUCUAUCACUUUCAUCUCACAUGUGGAGGGACACUGUGACAUGAUGAAUAGGAACUAUAUCUGUACACACAUUGUCAUGUUUCCUAUUCAAGAUGGUAAAUGUCUAUUUGAAUAAUGUAAAUCAUAUUUUGGGGAAAUAAAGCUGUUGUUGGGUAUCUAAAAAAAAA